AAUUCAGAACACGCGCGCACUUGGCCAACCAGUUCGCUAGGAAACUGUACUAAAUACAAUCCCGCCUCCGCCCCUCCCGGUACAAGCCUGUUCCCGGUAGCCAAUGAACAAGCGAGAUUGAAGCAGGCGCAGUAGCUGGAAAGGACACUUCCCUCCUAUCUUCCAGAUUUCAUGAUGUUAUUUGGAAAAUUUACACAGCCAUUACAAAGCUUAAAGAAAUUUCCAUGCUUCUGUGGUAACAGAUACUUCUGGGGAUGGUUGAAUGCAGUAUUUAACAAAGUAGAUCAUGAACGAAUUAAGGCUGUUGGUCCAGAUAGGGCAGCGUCUGAAUGGCUCUUGCGUUGUGGAGCAUUGGUACAAUACCAUGGUCAAGAAAAAUGGCAAAAGGACUACAACAAUCUUCCGACUGGUCCUCUAAACAAAUACAAGAUAAAAGCAAUUGAUGCCACUGACUCUUGUAUCAUGAACACUGGAUUUGACUAUCUAGAGGGCCUAGAACAUGUGGAAAAAAUAAAGCUGUGCAAAUGUCAUUAUAUUGAAGAUGAGUGUUUGCAGAGGCUGAGUCAAUUAAAAAACUUACAGAAAAGUGUUUUAGAGAUGGAAAUCAUUUCCUGUGGGAAUGUCACCGAAAGGGGCAUUAUUGCAUUGCAUCACUUAAGAAACCUUGAGUAUUUGCUGUUACAAGACCUUCCAGGAAUAACAAACCUAGAAAAUGUUACUCAGAUCUUUCGGAAUUCAUUACCUUCUCUAAAAUUAAAAUCAGACUUACCAGAAAAAACAAACAAACAAACAAACAAAAAACAUUAAUAGUAGCUGGUACUUUAACAAUUCGUUUGAAUAGACCGAACAAAAGCAUAUGAGAACUCUUCUCUUUUGAAAAGGCUGCUUCAGAGAAGGGUAGAAUUCACAAGUUAGAUACAAGUCAUUACCAGAAAAUAUUGAUUUAUUUUAUGAAUAUUUAGUGCUGCAAAAUGGAUGCCAAGUCAGAGUCAAAGAAGCUAUUAAAUUGUUCAUAAUAUAAUUAAAAUAUGUAGUGUAGAUAUUCCUUAAUUUGCAUUUCAAUCAUUUGAAUUUUAUUAUAACAACUUCCUAUUAAAUUUUAUGUAAAUCCCACAUUUAAAGGAUUUUGAAUUGUUGCUAUAAAUUUCUCCAAACUAAGUGGGAAGGUAAGGUAAUUGAAAAAUGUACAAUCUGCUGUUUUGCUUUGCAUGCAUUUUAUUAUACCUAUUAAUUUAUUGUAAACUCAGGAUUUUCUUUAAGAAAUAUGUACCUAAAUAGCCAAAAAUUCAAAUAUCUUGAAAUAAAAAGUUAACUGUCAUGAAAUUAAAGAAUAUAAGAGCAACAUUCUAUUAAGGUUUCUAGAUUUAUAGAAUUACACUUAUGUAGAGGAAAUUUUAAUAUGUAGGUUUGAAAUCUUAUUUUUUUCUCCUUGUUUUUUCCCACUCUUCCUCUUUGAUUGAAAUUACUAAAAGAAGAAUUAAGCCCAAACAAUUCAAUGGAUCUAGAAAACAUGAGUGAAGAAUGAUUAUAACAUUAUGAAAAUGUUUUUUAAAUAAUUAAUUGACCUCAGUGUUUAGUUGUAGUUUGCUUAGAGUGUCUAAUUCUGGAUUUAGUUAUAAUGUAAGUUUUGUGUAGUACCUUUUUUUUUUUUUUUUUUUUUUUUUUUUUUUUUUUGCAUCACAAUAUGUAUGGGGCCCUUUAAAACUAUAAACUUUUAUCUUACUAUGAUUCAAGAGAGAAACUGGGGAAAUUUAUGAACUUCAUCUCUAUGUUCUAAUAAUGUAAACAAAAUUUUUUUGCUUUAAAUUUUAUCUAGUUCAUGUCAAAACAGUCUUAUCAACUGAUAAUUAUUUUUAGAAAAAAAUUUAAUAGCUUUUUUCCCCCAAUACAUGCAAAGAUAGUUUUCAUCUUUCACUUUUGCAAAAUCUUCCACAGAUAUUCAUUAAGCACAUGCUGGGUAUAUGAAGACAAAUAAAGAGUCCCUGUCCUCAAGAAACUUACACUCUUAAGCAAAUAGUUAGGUGGUUCAGUGGAGAGAAUGCACCUAGAAUCAGGAAGAUCUGGGUUCGGAUUCAGACUUACUCUUUCUAUAAUCUAAUCAUUUAACCUCUAUCUACCUCAAUUUCCUCAUCUUAGAAAUGGGCAUAAUAAUUUCUACCUCAUAAUAAGUUGAGAUAGCAUUUGUUUUUUGUUUUGUUUUGUUUUAAUAACUUUUUAUUGACAGAACCCAUGCCAGGGUAAUUUUUUACAGCAUUAUCCCUUGCACUCACUUCUAUUCCGAUUUUUCCCCUCCCUCCCUCCACCCACUCCCCCAGAUGGCAAGCAGUCCUUUACAUGUUAAAUAGGUUACAAUAUAUCCUAGAUACAAUAUAUGUGUGCUGCACAGGGAGAAUUGGAUUCAGAAGGUAUAAAUAACCGGGGAAGAAAAACAAAAAUGCAAGCAGUUUAUAUUCAUUUCCCAGUGUCCUUUUUUUGGGUGUAGCUGCUUCUGUCCAUCCUUGAUCAAUUGAAACUGAAUUAGCUCUCUUUAUCAAAGAGAUCUACUUCCAUUAGAAUACAUCCUCAAACAGUAUUGUUGUUGAGGUAUAUAAUGAUCUCCUGGUUCUGCUCAUUUCACUUAGCAUCAGUUCAUGUAAAUCUCGCCAGUCCUCUCUGUAUUUGUCCUGGUGGUCAUUCCUUACAGAACAAUAAUAUUCCAUAACAUUCAUAUACCACAAUUUACUCAACCAUUCUCCAAUUGAUGGGCAUCCAUUCAUUUUCCAGCUUCUAGCUACUACAAACAGGGCUGCCACAAACAUUUUGGCACAUAUAGGUCCCUUUCCCUUCUUUAGUAGUUGAGAUAGCAUUUGAAAAGAACUUUGCAAAUCUUAAAGUACUAUGUAAAUAUUAUCUAUAGCUAUGUUAUAAAUACAUAUAACCAAUCGGUGUUUAUCUGAGGUAAAGUUUGAUUGAGCUAUUUGUCUUUGGCAGCCUACUUCAGGGACUACACAUUUAAAUCAUGUGGAAAACAUCACAUGCAUAUCCAUAUAUAUAAACAAUAAGAUGAAAAUAACUAACAUAAGUAUGUCUAAAAAAUAACCAUUCAAAAGCAGUAAAUGGCAAAAGUAAGCACAGACUAAAGUAACUAUAUGCAUAAUAAAGUAAAUUUUAAAAAUAAGAACUUAAAAGUGUAGCAAUGUACAUAUUCAGUAAUGAACAUGCGAUUCUAUGCAAAGCACAUAUUCAAUGAAUCAAUAUUAGCAUUGUCAUUUGGAUUCCUAUGUAACGAUUUCCCUUGAGAUAGUAUCUUACUGAUCACUGGUCAAAUACUAGUCUGCACCUUGCUGCCUUGUUUGCUUCAAUAUCUGAGUUAGCUGGAAUAAUUGAUUAGCUAAUCAUAAUCAUCAAAAUUUAUAUGUACCUGUCUAACUAAUCCUAGAAAGCCCAGGCUGGCUCGCAGUGAUGUUAAACUUUAUGGAAUGGGUCUGGACUCCAAGAAUCUCUUGUCAGAAUAUUAGGUAUAACAUGUUUUAACAUAACUGGGUUAUUUGCUGUCUUGGGGAAAGAAGGGAGAAAAAUUUGAAACAAAAGGUUUUGCAACAGUGAAUGUUGAAAACUAUCUUUGCAUAUAUUUUGAAAAUAAAAGCUAUUUAAAAUAUUAGGCAUAAAAGAUACUGCUUUUUAUCUUCCAUUCUCAUCUAUUUAAUGAAAUAUCUGUUUUUGAGCCAUUGUCUGGAUCAGAUACUCUGAUGACUAGCAUGGGGUUUCUUUUGCUUAGUGUUCACUGUUUGAUUUCAAUCACUGUUGAUAUAACCAAAUAUAUAAAAAAUAAAAUUAAUGGGACAGAAUCUCUUGAGUUAUUUUGUAAAUAGGCAAGUUAAUCUCUCUACAAUUAGGCUUGAAUAGGUUUCCAUUGAUCUACUAACUGGUGUAUCUCUAUAAACAUGAAGAUUUUUGAGUAAAACUCACCUUGUUGAAGGUCUCUUAAUUGCCAAAUCCAAUGUUUUUUUCUUCAAUUUUUAUUUUUGAACUCCUUGCAGUCUUUGACACUGUUCACAUCUUUCUCCUUUAUUACUGUUUUUUCUCUAGGUUUUCAAAUUAUAUACAGGAAAAAAAUGGAAAUAAUUAAGAGGGGGAGAACAUUAGUAUUUAGGGGGAUUUGAAGGAAGCCAGGGAAGCCAAGAGGCAGAGAUGAAGAGGGAAAGAAUUCCAAGCAUUGGGAAUAGCCAGUGAAAAUACAUGGAAGGGGGGAGAUGGCAAGUCUUUUUCAAGGAUCAGCAAUGAGGCCAAUGUGAUUGAAUCACACACUAAGUGGAAGGGGAGUAAAUAAAAUAUGAGAAGACUGGAAAAGGCAGAGAAGAUCAUGUACAAAGAGCUUUGAAUAUCAUUCAUUAGCAAGUUUGCAUAUGAUAGAAGGGGCAAUCUGCUGCAGAAGAUAGAUUGCAAAGGGGAUGCACCACUUUAUGUGAGACAGAAUUGAAUGAGGACAUAGUAGCAAAAAGCAUCAGGGUGUUAUAAAGAAUGUGCUCUUUACAAAUGGCCUCAAUUUUUUCAGCAAACUAUGAGGCAAGGUUCUCAACUGAAAGGAAGUUUGAAGAGAAAUGAAAAGGUUUGUUAAAACUACUGUGAUGAGUGGGCUGAGUUUGUUUGGGAGUAAGGAACUAUGUAAAAGGAUUACCUUGCUAUAGUGAUGGCUCACUUGAAGUUAUGUAACAUAAAUUUAUAGUGCAGCCAGUAGAGUUUUCUGAUAUUUUCCAACUUUAUUUAGCAGUAUGUAAGAAUGAAGAUAGAGGAUGGUGGGGGGUAUCUAAAGCUAAGACUUGGCAAGAUGAGUUCAGAAAUCUAAGGAGGCAAGAGAUUUAAGGAGGGGUGGAGGGGAUAAGAUGUCAUAGUAAAGGGCAAAGAACAGUGUAUGUAUUACAAAGCUUCAGGGAAAAUGGAAUGGCAUGAAGAAGGAUGUGUUGUAUUUGUGGGUGAUAGCAAGAUCAAGAGUCAAUGUUUAUAAACAUUAAGCAUCUUCUAUGUGCCAGGCACCUCAAUAAGCACAGAAAAAAACAAAACCUGCUCUCAAGAAGCUUACAGUCUAAUGGAGGAAGAGACACAAAAGGGAGGAGUAAAUAGCAUGAGAGUGUGCCUUACCUAAGGGUACAAUGAAACUAAGAAAAGCAACUGACAGAAAAUGAAGUUAGCUUGAAAGUUCUGAUCCUAGCUAUAGAACCUUUUCUAAAGGAUAUAAUCUUUGUUUAUGCCCAAUAGGGAAUAUAAAGGAGUAAACUAUAUAAAAUAAGUUGAGGAAUUAGGAGGUAAGUGUUUGAGGGAGCAUCAAUGUGCAUAUUCAAGUCCCCUAGUUUAAGGGUAGGAGUUGGGGAGCAAAGAGAAAUUGAGUCAGGAAAGUCAGGAGACAAUAGCUACUAUAAUAUUGAUUGCAUUGUAUAUAUGGGAAAUCAAUUUAAGCAAAUAUAUAGUGUCUAAUAUAUGGCAGGCACUAUACUAAGUGAUUUUUAUAUUAUCCCAUCUGAUCUUACAAAAACUCUAGGAUAUAGGUGCUAUUAUCGUUAUCUGAUAAUUGAGGAAACUGAGGCAAACAGGAGUGAUUUGUUUAGUGUUACAUAGCCAGAAAAUGCCUGAGUUCAGGUUUGAACUCAGUCUUUUCUGACUUCAGACUCCAUGCUAUGUGAUUCAGAAAUGGUGAGGGGUCACCAUUUUAAUUAAAAAAAGCUGGGGAGAUCUCUAGAAGCAAAGCAAAGUUUAUUAUACAUUCUCCCAUCCAUCAAGCAGACAAUCAAAGGGAAGAAGCCCCGUAGGGGGCAGGUCAACACUUUUAAUCCCUAAUGCAAAUACUCCCUCCCACCACUGACCCUCAUUCCUUAUUGGCUGAGGAUCUUACCCAAGAUCCUCAGGAACUACCCAAGAAAUUGAACUUGACCAAUAAGUACAUAGUUGCCCAUAUUUGACUGAAAUAGAUGCUGAUGUCAUGGGAGGAUAGCAGGGACUUAAGUAUGCCUUCGACUCAAUACUUAAAGUCCUUCAGGACUAUUCAGACUCUGAAGUAGAUGAAGCCUUACUCAAUUUUCACAGCUGUCUUGAAAGAUCUCACCUUAUUUUGUUCAGUCCCCCUCUUAUUUGUCUUUUUAAAUUCUUGUAACAAAACUUCACACUCCCUAUCGAAUUCCUCAUCCCCUUCUGGCUCCUGUUGGUCCUCUUGGACCACCAGCUCACAGCCUUGUCCUUUUAACACCAUCAAUCUAACAGACCCUUCAGCUUUCUCUUCCAAUCUAAUCAUUCUAGAUAAUGAGUUUUGGACUAUUCUGGUUAUCAAUCAGAUCAAACAAGGUACACUACUGAGAGCUAUAAGGCCAAACCAAAGGAGCUGCUUCUACCAGCUUUCCCCAAGCCAGGACCACCAGGAAGUAUUGAACAGUGAGGUCCAGGUCUGUACAGGAACAUGAGCAAGUUUCCUAAUGUUCUUAGUGACUUCUUUUACUAAAUUUCCAUUGUCAUCAAUCUUUAUACAACAAAUAUACAAAUUUAGUUUCUCACGAACUCCCCCUUACUCAGCCAACAAAUAAUAAAGCACAAGGCUGCUGUAAAACAAUCUCUGGUUUGAGUAGCUUGGUCAGCCAAAAGACCUAGCGCCUCAGCCAUCUGAUUGGUGAUAAUCUCUACAACUGCUUGAAGCUUAAUUAUUCUGUUCAACAUAUAUAUAUUGAAGUUCUAUAUCCCCAACUUCCAUCUUGAGCCCAAGUGGCUGGCCCAUACUAUUUAACUAUUCUUUCUGGAGGCCAGCCAUCACCCCAACCAUUUGCAUCUCCAGUCUAAGUAAUGGACGUAUCUAAACCCCAUUUCCCUUUUCCCAAAUCAUCCUUCAACUGAAUCCCUAAAUACUGGUUUGCCUUUUGAGGAAGAAAGAAAAAUGUUGGCCUUAUUAGUCCAAUAUAGCAAAUCCCUGUUCAAUUAAGAGGUAGGUGAGUAUAAGCAGUUAAGCCACAGAUCCAAUAAUGACCUUUUAGAGCAGGUUGUUCCCUCAAAAAUAGGUCUGAACUAUUCCUUGUAAAAGGGUAAAAUUGCUAGUCUCUCGUCCCUAGGAGACCUCCUCCUACAAAGGUGACAUACUGACAUUUCCAUAAACCUUUCAUUUUCCUCCAACUACAAUUGGCAACUGGCCAUUGACCUAUUAAGUUAGAGGUAUUCCAAAAUGUGGGAAACAGAGUCCCAUGUUUCCCAGGUGUCCCUGGGGUAACAUUGUACCAACCCCAUUGAUGUCUAGACAGGUAAAAACUUUUAGUUUUCCAAAUCCUUGCAGCCUCCCUCGUAUCUCUUAAAGACAGAGACAGACAAAAGAAAGCCUUUUGUCAAUCCGCAGCAAUUCUUAAAGAAUUGUGCCAGAGCUUAGAGCUUCAAUGACGACUGCAGUCGUCCACUACAAGAUAAGGAAAAAAAAGUCUUUUACCUUCUCCAGAGUUAAGUCCACUCACAUACACCAUUUCCCAGCUUCAAACUUUGCCCUAUCUGAUUUAAGCAGUAUUUCUCUUUCCCAUCUUCUGUCAAUGGCCACUGAUGUUUCUCUUCUAAGUUCCAGAAAUAAGUCCCAUUAUAAAUUUGGGAUCAGUUACUAAGGAUCCAGGCUGGGCUUAAGGGGAUAGGUACCCAUGAUCAUUGGCUCAAUUGUUGGGAUCCACCACAGAUCCAACAAUUUGAUAAGUUAAAAAUUUGUCCUAUAUUCUGCAUGAGCAGGAGGAACUGGUUCUCAUCUCUGGAAGGUAAAGGUCUGGUUUCUAUGGCUAUCAUGAGGAAAAAGGUAAACCCAAAGCUCAAGGAAAGCCCCAUGAGGGUUUCCCAAAGUAAUUAAUGUAAGAAAAUAAAAGUCAUACAACUACAAUGCACUGGAUUCAGAAUUUGUGUUCCCAUUCAGUGGAGGUCCCCUCCUCAAAUGUAAUUUGAGGUCUCCCCAUCUUCAACUGUCCACUCAGAUAAAGGUGGCACCACAGGUUCUUUUGUUCUGGUGUGGUGUGUCCAGCCUCGGUCCUAGGCAUGAACAGCAGUGUCCAAGAGGUCAGUAUCACUUGGUAGGGUCUGUCCCAGCACAGAGUCAGCUUCUCAUCCUUCCAGGAAUGGAUCAACACCCAAUCUCCAACCUGAAUUCUAUGAACAGGGAAACCUAUUAACCCUUUUUGUUGAAGUCCUUGUAAAUGUCUUAGCAAUGAUUUAACAUCUCUUAAGAAAUAAAUCCUUUGUCUCUAAGAUAGGGUCCCAUUUCCCAUAGGACAAGCCUGGAGAGGAUGACCAUACAAUAAUUCAUAAGGUGAAAGCCCUAUAUCUCUAUGUGGCUUGGUUCUGAUUCUGACCACAGCAAGAGGGAGACAUUUAGUCCAAGAUAGUUGGGUCUCUAAAGAUAAUUUAGUCAGUUUUAUUUCUUGAUUCAUCCUUUCUAUUUUCCCAGAAGAGGGAGGAUGCCAAGGGUUGUGGAGAUCCCAAGUGACUUCUAAGGCCCCAAUCAGAUUCUGCAAUACUUGGACAGAAAAAUGUGUUCCUGAAUCCGAGUCUAUCCUCUCCACUAUUCCAUAUGUGGGAAUAAUUUGUUCUAAUAAGACCUUACUGUUGAGGCAGUUGCUCGGCCUGAGGGGAAUACCUCCACCCAUGAGGUCAGAUGGUCCACUAUGACCAGCAAGUAUUUGAGGCGACCCAUUGGUGGCAGCUCAGUGAAGUCCACCUAGAUGCUUUAGAAUGGUCCGAUUCCCAGAGCUCGUCCCCCUUUUGGGAUCUGGUGUUAGUCCUUUGACAAACGAGAUAGCAGUCCACCAGUUGUCGGGCCAUAGUAUAUAGGCCAGGGGAAACAUACCUUGUCAGCACAGCAUCAUACAGGUUUUGGACAUCCCAGUGACUGCCCUGGUGCCGUUGCUAAAAGGACCUGACUCAUACUUGCUUUGCCAUCUCUGCCAUAAGGUAAGAGCCAUUGUCCUUCCGAGUUCCCAACUGCUCUGAGAGUCGAGGCCUUCUCUUUUUCCUUCUGGGUAAAACUGGGAGAGGGUAGACUAGGGGGAAGUACAGAUAUCAAGGCCAUUAUAUGAGAAAUCUCCUGGUCUCCAGCUUCCUUGGCCUUCUCAUCUGCUAAUCUAUUUCCCCUUGCCUCAAAAGAAUUUCCCAUCUAUCACUCUAGAACCACCUAUAAAUCUAUUUACUCCCCCCAGGCAUUGGGGAUCCUCUUACUUUUGUUUGAAAAUCAAUUAACUCUUGUACAAAGCCAUCCUUUGGCUAUCGGAUCUAAUACUUUAGAAAGGAAAGCCACUAGUCAGGAGCAAAGGAUCAGCAAAGCAACAUGGGCAACUGAUCCUAUAAGCCUCCUUCCUUCAUCUGGAGUGAAUUUCCCUUCAUUUCAUAUUUAAUGGGGAAUUGUUUGGGUGUCAAAAGUUCUCUUUCCAUAUAGUACCCCAUGAUCAUGCAAAACAUGAAAAAUGCAUCUGAAGACAAUAUAGAUCUUUGAUAAGUAAGUCAGGGGCCUAGGAUUGGGGUUCCAGAGAUAGCCCUGCCUUCCAUCAACAUACAGUGUAAAAGGCUGUAGGCCUAAACCUUAGCCUAAUCAGGGUGUGAUGAGAUCCCCAGCUUUUUUUCAAAGAACAAAAAGCAAAGUAGGAAUGGCCCCAAGUACUUGGGCAAAGUAAGCCUUUAGAUAAAGAAACUCUAGCCCCAAGAAGUAAAAAGGUUAAAAGAUUAAUAGCUGCAGCCAAAGUCUGGGCCACAAAUUUAAAUAUCUAUUUAAGGCAGUUUUACUUCAGGUAACUGUCCUUAAAUUUUAACCAUUCCACCUUAUGACCUAUGCAGUCAUAGUGAAUUCAAAACUCCCAGUAAAUAUUAGCUGCAGUCCCAAAAGAUUUUAUCUCCUACAGCUAAAACGCAGGAAAUUAGUUUGGUAUCCUGGAGAAGAAUUCUUGCCCAAAUUUUGAUUUUUUAGAAUGGAGUAGACUAGGAACCUAAAAGAGAGUCACAUCUCAAUCCUAAUAUCACCUAACAGUUUAGUUAGAAGGUAGAAUUUUGGCAAGAAUUAGAUAAAAACCAGUUGAGAACAAGAACAGUUUUCAGGAUUUUGGUUUUAUGAGAAAGAAGAAAAGAGGUUAAAUUUACUUUAUUUGUAAUUCUGUCUAGGGUUGAUUUUGACCAUUGUUAUCUAGAAUUAUCUAGUCUAGGUUGCUGCUGUAUUAGCCUUGUUUCAAGUAAUAGUUGGGGCAACAAAAUUCAUUUGGAAGAAAAAAAUCUGAUAUAAUCCUUUGGUAUUUAUUAUACAGAUUGUAUAUCAAAUUUUGUUUUUUGCUUUGUGAUACAAAUACUCAAAACAAUAUUAAAGUGCCAUCCUUUGACUACUUAGGGAAUACAUAGACUCAGCUUUUGGUAAUUUAUUGUUUUUUAAAAAGCUACAAAUAUAGCCUAACAUAAAAAAAAAUUACAUAGAUGAUUAUUACUAUUUAAAAUCUUUGUUUUGUUUGAGGGUAGAGGCAGAAUGGUUCCUUUACAGUUUUUUUUAAAGUGUUAUAGCUAUCUUUUACUUAAUUUAUUUUCCAUUAUAUAACAAUUGCCUUCUCUACUCAGAGAUUGAACUUUGUUAUGAAACAAAAAAUAAGAGUUCAAAAAAAAGUAAAUAUCUAGUAUAAGUACUUUUAGCUAUUAGAGCAUGUGGUUUUAUAUAACAAUUGGCAUUUGAUACCACAACUAUAACUAGUCAUAACUAUUAGUUUUUCUUUCAUUUCUGCAUUUUUGAGGUUAAGAGCUGCCAUUCUCUUUUUCAGAGACUUAAUAUUUUUUAAAUGAUUUGCUAUAGUUAUUAGCUUUGGUUUUUUGAUAUUGGUAAUUUUAAUUUGGUAAUUUUCUGUCCUUUAGUUAAUUAUUUAUUUAUUUUUGUUGCUCCUCUAAAACAUUGUGUGUGUGGGUUGCUCCUGUUUCAUGAUUAUUUUUGGGGGGGAGGGAAGAGAGGAUUUUAUUCAUAAUUUACCACAGUACUUACACUGCUUUGCACAUUGUACAGCAGUUAAAUAUUCAUUUUUUCAUUUUCAUAGCUAUUGGUGCAGAAUUUUUCUUUCUAAAUGGGGUCUUAAAAUUGUAUUCUUUUUCUGCAUUGUAUUUGUUAAUUUUUAGUACCUCUUUGUGAUUGUAUUUUCUAAGAAUCACAAUAAAGAGUUCAUCCUAGAAA